AUGACUGGAGGUGGAGGUGCCGAAGCUCGUGCCUUGAAGAUGAUUCGGAUGGUGCGCCUCAUGCGACUUCUGAAGCUGGCACGAAUGCUGAAGAUGGGACGGCUUAUCCAGAGAGUUGAGGACCUACUGGACCUUUCGCACCUCACGCUAAAGUGUCUGAACUUGGGGGCUAAGCUCACCGUGAUGUCGCACUUCCUUGGCUGUUUCUGGUUCUUUGUUUCGACUCACACAGACACCUCAGCCACGCAAUGCGAGUCUGGCUUGCUUGGCUGCAACAAGACAUUGUCAUCAACAACGUGGUGGUCCGAGGUCAACAUCGGGCCGGAAGACAAGUUUGAUCAGUACAUCGCCUCCCUGUACUGGGCUUUCACCACGAUGACCACAGUAGGUUAUGGUGAUCUGCAUCCGAGAAAUGAUGGAGAAAGGGUAUAUGCCAUCGUUGCGAUGAUCUUCGGGGCCACGAUGUUCGGCUACAUUAUCGGGUCUAUCGCUGCUUUGGCCGGACAGGAGCGCGGUAUGGAGGCGCUCACAAAGAAGCGGCUGUCGCUUGUCCGCCACUUCUGCGAAGAGCAGCGCAUCAGCCAGAACAAGGUCAAAGAAGUGAUGCGGCACUACCAGUUCUUCUACCAAGAGCGCUCUCCGUUCAACGAAACGACGCUGAUGAUGGAUCUUCCGAACUGGCUUAGGAAGAAGGUGUCAGCGCACAUCCAUCGAGAGGCGAUUUCUCGGAUCGGACUUUUUGCAGGUCCACAGCAAAGUGGGCUUGAAAGUGGUCCAUUGCCAGAUUGGUUCAUUUCUUGGGCGAUGCGGAUCCUCGAGCCGCAGGCAGUCUGCGCUGGCGAACUGGUCAUCAAUGCAGAAGAAAGCUCUGUGGCCUGCCGCCAAGCCAGAGUCUGUCCCACUGCUUGGACAUUCCUGUUUGAGGCUUGUCUGGCUGCUGUCAAAAAAUUAGCUCCGUGGAAGGGUUCAAUGGCGUGGGUUCAUCCUAGUCUCAGCAAUCCAUGCGAAGAUGGCGAAGACUCCGAGUUGGCUUCAUCCUCCCUUGGCAAGCAGUAUUUCACCUUGUGGUUUCGCUCACUUCCUUCAUCUUGA